AUGGCUCCUCAUGUGGGGUUCGAUACCGAGCAGAUCAGAGACAAGGCUCGGAAAGAUAUACUGUAUCUGCUCGAGGGUGUUCGCGGGAAGAAGAACCUCGUGAUUGAGCGAAGCUUGGCUGGCCCUGUCGGCGUCGUGGUCAAGGUCUCGACACUACAAGAAUAUGGAGUCGACAAGUUCUUCUUUCUAGAAAAUAACAAUGCCGACACCAGCCAGCAAAAUGUUGUCUUUAUGGCCCGCGGCGAAUGCGCCCGGCAUGCCCAGAAUAUAGCUGACCAGAUCAAGAGACUUCAGCGUGAAAGUCAAACCGGUCAUGAAUUUCACAUAUUCUGGGUCCCUAGACGUACAGUCGUAUCUGACAAGCUUCUCGAGGCGAGCGGCGUACUAGGGGAUGUCAAUAUCCACGAACUUCCAUUGUAUUUUUUCCCGCUGGAGCGCGAUGUCCUCUCUCUUGAGCUCGACGACUCAUUCCGGGAUCUGUUCUUAUCCAAAGACACGACUCCCGCCUUCUUGAUCGCCAAGGCGCUCAUGAAUAUACAAACAAGACAUGGCCUAUUCCCUCGAAUCAUUGGCAAGGGCGACAAUGCCAAACGUGUAGCCACGCUGCUUUCACGAAUGCGACAGGAAAUAUUGGCCGGCGAUGAUGCUACCGAAGCAGACAAGGCAGGCCAAACUCCGAGCAACUCAUUCGAGAGCGUCAUCAUCAUUGACCGUGAAGUCGACAUGGUUUCACCGCUACUCACCCAGCUGACUUACGAAGGGCUCAUAGAUGAAGUGUUUAGUAUUCAAAAUAAUCAGACCGACGUUGACUCGACCAUCGUGGGCGCUUCAGCUCAAGCUCCAUCUCAGAGCACCUCCAACGCACCGUCGAGCGCUCCGUCGAGAAAGCGCAAGAUUCAACUUGACUCAUCCGACAAGCUGUACGAUGGGGUCCGCGACACCAACUUUGCCAUUGUUGGUACUUUGCUCAACAAUGUGGCACGCCGGUUGAAAAGCGACUAUGAAAGCAGACACACAUCAAAAACGACUGCCGAGUUGAAGGACUUUGUCCAGAAACUCCCGGGGUAUCAAGCCGAACAACAAAACCUCAAGAUCCACACUGGGCUCGCCGAGGAGAUUAUGAAGCAUACUCGGACCGAUCAAUUCAGUCGGCUACUAGAGGUUCAGCAAAACCUGGCCGCUGGUGCCGACCCCAGCUCGCAAAACGAUGCAAUCGAAGAGCUCAUUGCUCGAGACGCGCCGUUGAAAGAGGUGCUGAGGCUUGUAUGCAUAUACUCGUGUAUAUCUGGAGGCAUCAAGACCAAGGAGUUUGACCACUUCAGACGCCUGAUUCUUGAAGGCUAUGGCUACCAACAUUUGCUCACACUGCACAAUCUCGAAAAGUUGCAGCUGCUGCUGUCGCGAUCAUCGCCAAUGGCCAGUAUGAUCCCCAUGCCUGGCUCCGGUGCUGCUACGGGAACCAAGACAAACUACACAUAUCUCCGCAAGCAACUACGCCUGAUUGUCGAUGAGGUCAAUGAACACGAUCCGAACGAUAUCGCAUACGUCUACAGCGGCUACGCGCCCCUCUCCAUUCGCCUUGUGCAGUGUAUACUGCAGAAACAAUACCUCAUGUCCAUUACUCGUGGCAGUGGUGCAUCUGCGGCCGGCACUGUUGCCAACAGCGGCGCUCAAGGAUGGCGAGGAUUCGAAGAGGCUGCGAAACAUGCCCGUGGUCCCACAUUUGAUGAAGUUCAAAAGGGCGAGGACAAGGCUGUCAAGGCUCGGGCUCUAUUGUCUGGCAGUGGCGAUAAAAAGACGGUAUUUGUGGUAUUUGUGGGUGGCAUCACAUUUACAGAGAUUGCGGCUUUGCGGUUCAUUGCAAAGAAGGAAGAAGCUCGGAGAAACAUUGUUAUAUGUACCACGUCGAUCAUCAGCGGUAACAGGAUGAUGGAGGCCGCAAUCGAGAAAGAGUCGUUCGCGAUGGAAAAGCCGAGAUCUACUGCUACUGCUGCGUGA